GAGGAAGAUAUCAACUAAAGUACUGAGGUAAGUUUCUGAGCACUUUUUAAGUUUUUUUUUUCUUUCAAGCUGUUUGUAAAGUGCGUUUUAACUGGUGAUUCUCAAUUUGAUGGCCGCGCUCUCUCACACUGGUCUGUCCGGCGGGCCGCCACUAGACUGUCAGAUCGAUAGACCGCACGCAAGCAAUUUUCUCAAACCGUAGUCUAACAACGAGUUAUUUUCUUUCAUGUAAUCAAAUGCCAGAAAUAAAGAAGGCUUUUGGGAAUACUUCUAUUCUUUUUUAAAAUUCCUCUGACUCUUUAGCGCGAGUUUUUUACUGCCUGACCACUGAAGCAGUGCGUUAAUUGACUAAGUGAACGGCUUUGUUUAAUUUCUCGCACAAUGUUUGAACUAUGUUACGCGGAGAUCCAAUGAAUUCGAAUGAAGAAAACUGCAAAGAAUCAUGAUGAUGUUUUAGUUUCGACGUAUUGAACUGAACACAGCAUAAGCCUACGUGUGUGAUGGGUAGCAACACAUCGAGAUGUGAUAUCGGUCGCCAUAUUAUAACAAUAUUAUUGUUUUUCACAAAACAACAUCCAUUAUGGACAUUUAUACUGUAGUGGACAUUUCACAGUAGAAGAUUCGAGAUAAAUUCUUCAGAAAAGAAAGCAAAUUUUCUGUAGUUUUAAACCGCCGAAUUUUAACGGGAUUCAACGACAAAGAGUUGCAUGAUUCGUGCAACUGAUUAAGUCCUGAUUAAGCUGAUUUUUACAGUUCAACAUCGAAACGAAAUCGAUAUUUAAUUAAUUAUUUUGCACUGCAAAGCCUGUAGUAAAUACUUCAUCCCUUUUAAUCGUUGCCUUCCUAGAAGUUAAAGAUGACACUAAUUAGAGGAGUCCAUGCUUGCCGUUUCCUCUGGGUAAAAUCAGGCAGAGAUUGCUCAAAACCACGUAAACAUAGCAUUGUUAAAUGUAUUUAAGUAUUUAAACAGUAGAUAUAGGCAUAUUUUUAUCCCCCAAAAAUUUUUCAUCUGUUCGGAUUUCCUAGCUGAAAGUCUAGCAAUCCGAAAAUGAUAGGGAUCAAAACUUACCUUUUCGAACAUUUGAGCGAGAAAAAAGGCUCCCGAAAGUUCUAGGUGACCUUUUUAGGGUAAAAAUCUGUUAAAAAUGGGCAAUUAUACAAAUUUAUAGAUGUUCGAAAAUCCUAGGAGAGGUAGGCAAGCAAGAAGUUUUACAAAAAAUGUUCAAAAAAUUCUAGAUCUCAAAUUGUCUUCCGAACAGAUAUUUUCUGAAAAUUGACGUUGGGUGCCCCUGACGGCUGGAAAUUCAAUGGUUAUGAUUUAUAUCCAAAUUUAAGACUACGAUUUAACUAAUUCUUACUGAAUUCAUAUAUUAAUAUGGAAUUCAAAGAAAAAACACCCAGGAGUUCAUGGAAGUCCAUUUUCAGUUUUUUAAAAAACUUAAUUUCUUCCACCAACCAAACAGUUCAAGGCAGUGUGAUGUCACAUGCACUAUUUCAUUUCAUACAUUAAGUAAUACUUGUUACGCCGCAAAAUGUAAUAAGAAUCGCCGCAAAAUGUAAUUGUAACGCAAACUGUAAUAACAUUGACGUAAAAUGUAAAAAAAUUUUCAACGCAGAAUGUAAUAAUCUUUCAACGCAAAUUGUAAUAACUUUUCUAACGCAUAAUAUAAUAACGCAAAAUGUAAUAAUUUCCGAAUAACGACGUGCAUGCUAUUUCAAAAUCCGUUGAUAGUUUCCCAUUAUUAUCCAAAAAUUCUAACCCAAACCAAAUUACCCAUACACCCUUCUCCUCAAGUGGUCAAAAAUGGUCGGCCCUAAAAGGACGAAAUUGAGCACUUUUUAUGGAUUUCCCAGUUCAAGAUUUGGUGCCGUCAACUCUAAGCCAAUGGCGAUUGCAUUACUGAGCAAAUUCAAGGUUUCGUUUAGCAUCGAAUGCGUUUCCUGAUAUUGAGUGGGUCAGUUGGAUUGAAAAAAAAAAAACUAAGAAAAAACUCUUAUGAAGUCUCGGAAUAGGAGGCCCUGGUACCCCAGGACGACAUUAAAAGUUAACAUUCACAUAUUUGGAUUAACAAAAUGCACAAUAUACUGUAAAAAAUAUUCAUGUCUUUGUUCCUGUUUUUCUCUAUGCUAUUACUAUGCUCAUUUUUCAGAUUAAAAGAAUUAUUUCAAGUGAAAAAUUAUUUAACUACGUCAUUACUUUUUUUUUUGAAAAUGCCAAAAAUUUGGGUCGGUCGGACGAUACUAAACGGAGAAAGAAAAAGAGGAUGGCCUGUCUUCUAACCACAACUGCCUUGCCAGGCAAAUUCAAUAUUUUUGUGCGUCAGCUUAGCUCUACUCCAAUCAAAAAUGCGUUACUGGGCUAACUAAAAAAUUUUUGCGCUAUCUGUUCUAGGCAAACGACAACUGUCUUACAAGGCAAACUGAUUUGACUUUGCAAACUGGGAAACUUCAACCUAAAAAACAGCAUUAAGAACAAUUCAGCCUCUAUUAAGUGAGAACUUAGGAAAAGUAAGCUACAGCCACAGUUGUCUGGUUCUCAUGAAAAAAAGUUUGACAGAUAUCUUACAUUUUAAAUGCAUUUGAAUUACGCUUUGAAAGUUGAUUCUAUUACUUGUUUUUGACAACAGCUAUUUUAUUUGACUGAAUUAAAUUCAACAUCUGAAAUUAAACCAAGUCUCUCAGUUGCUACAGUUGUGGUACAGUACAGCAAGCUCUUGCAGCCAUUUUUGUCUCGUCACACAACGCUCCUCCUCCUUUGUUGGGGAAGAGUGUUACGACGUUUCAACCGUUAUUUCAUUAAUAAUAAUAAUAAGAAGAAGAAGAAGAAGAAGAAGAAGAAAAUAAAUAUUAUUACUAUUAUUAACAUCAAUAUUGAUAAUAAUAAUUCAAAUGAAGAUCUGGAUCAGCUACUGAUUACUGCAAGCCACAAUACCAAUUUUGAAAUAGCAUGCACGUAGUUAUUCGGAAAUUAUUACAUUUUGCAUUAUUACAUUAUGUGUUAGAAAAGUUAUUACAAUUUGCGUUGAAAGAUUAUUACAUUUUGUGUUGAAAAUUUUAUUACAUUUUGCGUCAAUGUUAUUACAUUUUGCGUUAGUAUUACAUUUUGCGGCGAUUCUUAUUACAUUUUGCGUUAAUAUUACAUUUUGCGGCGUAACAAUACUCAACAAUUGUUGUCGGUUAGGUUUGACAAAUUAUGCUUCACAAAAAGAAAAAAUGUUACACCUUAUCCCAAAUGUUGAUAGAAAGACAAGGGUCAACCUUACCUUAUGCUCCUAGUGUAGUUUUUCACUUUUUUUGUGGCAUUAUGUGUUGCUUAACACUGGCCCCCUUGACAAAGAGGAAGAAAAUGGCAUGUUAUGCAAUCCAACAGCCACCCACAGCUGAACGACUUCUGACUUUUGUCCAUUUUCCCCCAUGUCCACACAUCCCUUACCAUCCAGCCUUUGGAAUAUGAGAGUCAGGAAGUUUUUGAGGAUCAGUUCCAGAAAAUUUUGGAAUUCAUUUUCCUCUUAUGGCCUAAAGUGAUGCCACAAGUUUUCACAUUUGUCUCAAAAUUGCCAUUGUCAUAGGAAGUCCAAAAAGUGGUCCAUCAUAACCACUAUUUUCAAUUCAAAUUAGGUACAAUAAUGACCCUUGCCACCUAUUCCCAAUGUGUUUUGUGACCAGUAGACACAUGAAUUUGUAAGAAGUACACAUAUGUUGCAGACAGUCUGCACUGCUCCUAGUAUAUUUUCAAAGUUUGCAUGUCAGAUGAUAAAGCAUCUUACAGUAAAAAAAUUAUUACAAACUUAUUCCCUGAAAGUAUUUGUUGGGCCCUCUGUGAGAGAAAUGAAGUGUUCUAAAAACUAACCAUGGACUUCUGUGUACUCCAGAUUUGGUGUAUUGUUUCUUUGAAUUCAUAAGUUACACUGGAAAGAGAAAGUGUAAAAUUUGUUAAAUCAGUCAGAAUUCAUUAUCUUUGAAUAACUGCAAUACAAAGCUUUGAAUUUCUCACCUGUUACCCUUAUAACCUUUGAUGCAACUAAGAUUGAGAGUUCCCCUAUUUGAUUCAGUUAACUUAAAAGAAAUAUCAGCAGGGAUUCCAACUUAAAUAAUCUGGUACCCAAGUAUCCUACACAAUAUUUUACAAGUAACAAGGAAUGCAGAUUUGCACAAUCAUUUCUCUAAGAGAAGCAACGACAAGCACCCACUAAAGCCGAAAUGUAACAUGGGCAAAAGGGACUAUUUAUUUCAAUUCUUUACCCAAUUGUGUUAACAGUGCCACGUCUAAAUAGUUUAAAUUGAAAAGAUGCUGAUCAAGUAUUUUACCUUAUAAUUUUAAUUUCUUCUCUCUUAGCACUUUUUAUAUCGACCUAGCUAGAUUUUUUAUAGCAUUAUUGUUUGUUUUAAUCAUGUACAUAACUUAGGAAUUUUUAAAUAGUAUACAAUCAGGGCCAAUUUAAUCAGGGGCUACCCUGAUAAAAUAAAGUUACUUACUUACUAAAACAAAAAUUGUGUCAAAUGUUACCAGGUUAUGUAGUUCUGUUAAAAUCGAUCCUUUUUUUGAAGUGUCCACAAUGUAAAAAAAUUUAUUAUGUUAUAUAACUGAAAGAACUUCUUGCUCUUCAAAUCGCAAAUUUUUUGUUCAGAGGCUCUUGUAGUAAUGUGUACUGUCUUUAUAUUAAAAAAUAAAAAUUUUCAGGUUAUGGGCACUUUAUUGGAUCAGAUGCGUCAGUACCCUGGCUAAGGUACCCACAGAGUAACAUACUUUGUCUUGUGAUGAGAUUGUUACAAUAAAACAUACACACAAAUUUUGUAACUCAGAGUUAAACCUUAAGUUGAAGUAUCUUGACAAUAAUAACAUAAAAUUUGAGUUAAAUCAUUAUUAUUAUGUUAACAAUAAUGCUUUCAUUUGACUCCAAUAAUUCCUAAACCUUCCUCUAGUUCUUUUUCAUGUGUAUUCUACAGUAAUGCAAACUAUUUGAGCAGCGUGCAGUAUAGUUCUUUUGUCUCGGUCUGUCAUGAAGAUGGCUCCACUGGAUUUUUUAGGGGGGAUACCUACCAAGUUUGAGCAUUAACUAUGCCAGCAUCAGUAAAGAUAUGGGAAAAAAGUUACCACAGCUGUAUUAUAUAAAAAGAUGAAAAUUUCUUAUGAUGUGGGUUUUAUUGCAAUGGAAGUCACCAUAGCAAUGUAAUGACACCAUUACAAUUUUAUUUAUCUUUGUGUUUCUUUGUACUAGGAGGUUUUUUUAAAAUUGCUCAAGGGAGUUGAGGCAAUUAUGGCAAAGUUUGAGCAAAUUCUAUGAGAGCAUUUUGGAAAUAUUUUGAAACAAAGUUUUAAGAAUCAUAAAAACAGUGAAAUAGCAUGCUAUCCACAUAAUGAGCUAAUAUUUUAAGAAAAUGAUAAGCUUUGGAAACGCAGCUUCAUCUCAUAGUGGUUUGACUCCCUUGAAAACUGUGUACAAAAAAAGAGGGGAAUUGCUCUAGGCGAUCGCGGGUUAGAAGAAUUUUGUUAACCUGCAUUCAGCUGCUUUUGUUACAGUUUGUGCACGUAAUUUCCUAAAAAAUCCAGCCGAGCCACCUUAACUCAGUCUGUAACCUGCAGUGUAAUACUUGUAUCAAAAUGUUUAAGUGUUUGUUAUAUUAUGACCAACAUCAUAAUACAAGCAUAAUACAACCUCAUGACGAGAGCAAGGUCUUCGACACUGUAAACCAUGAUAUCCUACUUGAUAAACUAGAGUUUUAAGGAGUUUGCAGUGUUGCAUUACACUUGGUUCAAAAGUUUUUUUAUCUUUCUUGUAGAACUUAAUUUGUAUAGUAAAAUGGCUUUAUAAUUCCUCCUUUAAAGACGUUAAAAUUAAUGUGGAGCACUUGCCUCAAGGGUUGAUUUAUAGGUCCAUUAUUGUUUUUGUUAUACAUCAAUGACUUGUGUAAUGUGUCAAAGGCUUUAAAUUUCAUGCUCUUGAUAGUUUUGCCAAUGAUACUAACAUAUAUAUUUUUUCUCAUAAAGACCCAAAUCAACUGAUGGAAAUUGUGAAUACCAAAUUGAAGAAACUAUCAAGCUUGUUUCAGGCCAAUAAGCUUUCUAUUACAUAAAAAAAAGUGAAAUUUUAUUUUAUUCAAAACAGGCAAAAACUUGACUUUCAAUUUAUGAUAUUGAAAUUUAUCGUGUAAAUGAAGUUUUGUUUUUAGGAGUUAUACUUGACGAACACUUAUCAUGGAAAUCUCAAAUACAGGACGUAGCAAGAACAGUCUCAAAAUCAGUCUGGGCAUUAUUUACAAAUUGAGUUUCUGUCUUAAUAAGACCUCCUUAUGUACUCUCUAUUAUAGUUUAGUUUAUCCUUAUUUAUAUUACUGUGUGAGUGUUUGGGGCUCAUCCUAUCAGUCAAAUCUGAAACGUUUGACUGCUCUUCAAAAACAGGUUAUUAGUCAGAAUAAAUUCCAGGAGUUCUUUUGAUGCACAUACCAAUCCUAUUUUUGUGAGCUUACAAAUUCUAAAAUUUGAAGAUCAUCAAACUUCAAAUAGGUAAAGUUAAUGUAUCUUUACAAAAAUGGCCUUCUUCCUGAUAGUUUCAAUGACAUGUUUUUACUUACAUUUGUAACUGUGACGUACAUUCAUAUUGUUAAUUAUAACACUAGAAGUAAGAACACCUUCCAUUUGCCCUACUGUAGGAUAAAUGUAAGGAAAUUUUCACUUCAUUUUCAAGGACUCAAAAUAUUUAAUUCCCUUACGCUCUGAAAUUCAGAAUGCCUUCAGUAGUAUUAAUGUGUUCACUUAAAACUAAAGUCAUUUUUCUUGGUAUAAGCAUGCUUAACUUCUCUUAAUACUUGUGUGCAGUUUUCACUUCUUUCCCCUUUUUUUUCUGGUAUGUUCUUGCAUAUUUAUGUUUUCUCACUUCCUCUUUUUCAUUUUUACACUUGUACAUUCAACCUUAUCUAUUUUUAUCCUAUUUAAUGAUUACUUUCUAUGUUGCAAAGAAUCUGUAUACAUAUGUGAUGACAGCUGUAGUUAAAUUGUCUUGCCCAUGCCAGUAUUUUUAUUUAUUAAUUAGGUCAUAUAUUUUUAAAGUUGGUCCUUUUAAUUAGCCUUAUUGGCUUCCUUGGGCUCACUUGCCUGAUAUUUUUUAAUUUUAUGUAUAUAUUUAGCUUGAAUGGCAAAAUGAUAAUAAAAUAAAAAUAAAUAAAUAAAAAUUUCUCUUUUCCACUUAGUAUUUUGGCAAAGUACUGUAUGUAGAUGCUUGCAUACAGUGAUGGGCACAGGACAAAACCAUGUCAGACCAUCGAUAUCGCAACAAACAUCGGUCACUGUGGCCACCCAGGCGAGUCAGUACCAGGCUGUCUACUUCACAAGGGGUCCAUUAUGAUAGGUCACAUCACUAUGACAACACACCCAUCAGUACUUCCUCUUCAGUAAUGGAAAUCCCUCCUGACACUGUAAUUGUUCAUGUUCCAGGAAUGCCUCCAACUUCCAGGACUUGUUCUACUGACGGGCAUCCCAGUGGUAAGUAGACAAAUUUAUGUGGUCCAAAAGAGACGUUUCUACAGUACGGGCUAUGGGAAUUACAGCAUUAAAUGCUUGUUUAUUGCAUAUUUAACCACCAUAUUGCAUGAAAAUAACACAAGAAAUACAUGCGCGAAACAGGCAUGUGAAAAAAUAGACAAGAAAGUACAGGCAAUUUUUGGAAACUGAGGGUAAAAUUUUACACGUAGACUGCUUGUAUUUGACAACUUUCAUCUUUGGCACAAAUCUGUAAAGGGAUGAACAAUGAUCUCUCGACCUCAAAUCCUACUUUGAAUAUCAGUCAUAUUUUUGGGAAAAAUAGAAUGAUCAUUUCUACAGGGAUUUCAAUAACAAUAUUAUUGAAGUAGAGUAACCGAUUGUAUCAAAACAAGGCACUUUUUUAGGGGUGGGGGGGGGGGGUUAAAAUUUCAAAAAGAAAUCAAAAUAAAUAUAGUAUGGAGUGAGGGAACAGAUUUAGACGAAGAGGGGUCGUGUGGGGGGGGGGGGGGGGGGGUCUGGGGGCCUGCUCCCCCAGAAAAUUUAAGAAUUUGAAAGCCCUAUAAUGCAAUUUCCAGCGUGCUGGACAAAAAGAGCAUGUUCUCAUUUACGAAAAGUAGCUUCCAUUUACCGGCCACACAAUCAACUUCUUUUUAUUUACAAAUGAAAAGUACAUUAAUGCACUUGAACAAAUUAUGCAAAACUAUCUAUAUAAAAUGAGAAACUUGUGAAAAAUUAACUGAAAUACAGCAUUCACAGAACUAACUAUUAAAGCUUAAGAUACAUGUAAAUGUAAAUCGAAGGGUUCUUUUGGAUUAGUUUAACACAUCAUAAUUACAUUGUCAUUAAGAUUUAAUGAUAUAUUUGUUGUUAAUCAAAACUACUUGCUUCUUCUGGCAUAAUAAAAGUAACCAACUUCCCUGAGCAAACAGCUGACGCUUUUUGUUGGUUGUUGAUGCUUAUUGGAAACCCUUUGUCUCUCACCGGGCUAGCUACAAAAUUAUUGUUGAUUCAGUUUCACUUCGUAGAUAAAUAUAUGUGCAGUUCAAUCAUUUAAGCCUCUUUUAAAAUUUCCUGGGGCUCUUUGUUGCACGAUUAAAACUAGCAUAAUUCACGGCGCUGUUUUAAAUGUUUCUGAUGUUUUGAAAUGUUUUCAAGGACAUGUGAUGCAUGGCACGUCAGUAUUUUAUUUUCAUUUUGAUAUAAACUUGAUCAGGUUUGAACUUGAUCAUUGUUUCCUUUACCUCCGUAUUCCCUUAAGGCUUGUGAUUUUUUUAUUGCUAUUUGUUUGUUUGCUGGUGGGUACCAAGUGGCAGUGAACAAAUUUUUUUAUCAUCCGAAUGGUAAAAUCUAGUUACCCUAAGACAUCUUCAGAAUUUUUUAUUAACAAGAUUGUUAAACAAGCAAACAAACCUUGAUAGAGAUAGGUAGAUAAUAGAGUUGGGUUUUUUUACUCAAAACAAUUAUAACUUUUUCUGUAAAAAGCAAUAGUAACCAACUUAUACAUGUAGUGACAUUGUAUAUAAAAAGCCUUUUGAACAUUGUAUUUUUUUUCUUAACAUAGUGGUUCUAUUUCUUUAAUACUAGCAAGAUGUUUUUAACUUAUAUUCAUUCCAUGUUUUCAAGUCAGUACAGAUUACAAAUUCAUGAGUGUCGACAAACAUCUGCUAAUAGUAAAUGCUUUGUGUCUCAUGGAAGUGCAUUUAAUACCUAGCUACUGUAGGCAGUUUACAGGCACUCCACUAAAAUAAUCAAAUUCAAAUGAAACAAAAGAAAUAUGUAAACUGACGCUAAAGCCCCCAAGCCCCAAGUUAUAGGCCCACUAACCUGUGAUCAGGCUCUACUUUCAUUUCACUUUGUAAAUAACAUUUCGGCAGGCAAGGUGAAACAAAAAGAGAGCCUGAUACAAACCUUCUAUGAAACGUCUGCCGCCCACUUUUCUUCAUAGUUGGCAAUUGAGGUUUCUUUUGCGGUGAGCCUUCGCUUGCAUGCCCCAUUCAGAGAAGUCAUUCCCGGCUAAACUUUCAAGUGAAACCAAUUUUAAGAUGGACAUGAUUUGCACUCGUUUGUUGGCAAAUCAAAAGACACCUUGUUUGCGGUCAACAACCUGCAGAGGGAUUCAACUCUGCACUACACUCACAUUAGUUCCAUAAUUAAAGCAAAUCCUGAGAAGAUAUGAACAACCAUUUGAAUGUUCUGCAAAAUCCUUCUGUCGGCUGAUGGUGGAUCAUUCACGAAGAUUUUUGAGUGCUUCAGCCAUGUGAGGAUUAAGCACUUUCGACUUUCGGUGACUCCAACCGCCAAUCAGAUCCUGUGGCAUUGUUCUAACAGCCAAUCACUUUUGUUGCCAAAAUCUGGCCGAAAGCACAACAAGCUUGUGAGAGUUUGUAUCAGGUCCAACUUUUAGCGGGAGCACGUAAGAGAGAAUGUAUGAGAACUGCUAAAAUUGGGCCUGAUCUCACAUUAUAAACUGCCAUUUUCAUUUUCUUAACUUUCCAACUGUUUCUUCUCCUUCUCUAAUUAGAAAGAUACUGGUACAUGUACAUUGGCCCUUUUUUAGAAAAAUCUGGCCCCCAAGAAUUGGUUGUAGCGGCCACUUUGGCCCUCAAGUAGAAUUUUCUGGCUGGAACACUGAUGACACUUAAAAGCUUAAUUAAAAACCAGUAAAUGCAAAACGUAUUUUGAUCAACACUGCUACAAUAGUUUGUGUCAAAGUGCUUUUUCUGUUUCAGUUUUAAGCCCCCUCAGAUAUACGCCCCUACAUUUAGGAGCCUUCCUAAAACCCCUUUUGAAGAUGUAAACAAAUAUGUAAGCCUAGGGCUUAUUAUAAGCAGCAGUUUAUGGCACAUAAUUAGUAUAAUGUACAGUGUAACAGGAUUGAAAACCCCAACUGAAGUUGUAUGUAGCAACCAGUUUGCUAUUAAUUUACAUUCAUGAAUGACCAAGGAUUUGAACAUGGGAUGACCAACAGCAAAUCCAGCAGGUGAUCCGAGCAACUAGUCUCUAGCCCAGGACUGGCUGAAUUCAAGUCCAAUGUGCUGAUCCCUAAGGCCACUUUUACACCAAAUUGCUUGCACUAGUAAUUCAACUCAUCAACAAGGUGGGCUUGUAAGCAGGUGCCUUAAGGGUGGAAGGACCUGGGGCCCAUUUCUCAAAAGUCCUGGUAUGUUUUCAGGUGCAAAACUCAAAUAUUCAUUUCAAAAAUUGAAUGAAAGCUUAGGUCCUGGCUAACGGCCCAAUUUGUUUGUUAACUGAUAGUUUUAUUGUUAUCUGCAAAACUAUCGAAACCCAUAUCUGAAAUGUAAAUAACAGUAACUUUUUGUUUUAAAUGAAGAUUAAUGAUUGUGGCAGUGGUAAUUGCAAUUUAAGCAAUUGCAGAUUAACCCCCAAAACAUUUCAGAACUUCAAUGGGAUUUGAACCCAUGGUCUAUGCGUCAGCGCUGCAGUGCUCUAACCAAUUAUUGAGCUAUGAAAACCCAUGCAUUGGGAACCGGCCAAUUUGUUGAGUUCAUCUUAACCCGUGAAUGAAAUGAGUUUUGGGCCGAAAACUUAUAAUGGUACUGACGUGGACUCUUGAAAAAUGAGUCCCAUGAGCGCAAAAGGCACCAUUACCUUGGAGGUAACUAUGGUAACAAUGUGUGCACAAACCAUGCAACACCAUCACUCUGAACAAUUUCAGUGGAAUACAAUUGCCACAAUUCGUACUUAACUGCAGUAUCUGUGGGUCAGGGAGGAGUGGGAGCAGAAUCCAGCAGCAAACAUACAAUGAUAUCAAGCAAGGCAAAGCUACAUGUAAUAAGUUAUGUAAGUUCCUUACCGACCCUGGGGCCUCUCAGCACAAGGCUGCCUGCCUGGGUUGUGACUCCCGACCAGCUAGUAAUGUGAUGAAAGAGGCUCACUCCCCAGUUAAAGUUAAGUAAGAAAAUCCUCGUAGACCAAAUGAAAUAAUCCCAAGAAAACCAGCUAGAUGAUGGUCGAAGAUACAUAAUUAGGUACAUGUAUCCUAAGAAAGCACAGACAGAGUGAUGGCCCGAUGCUCCGUGGAGCCCUGAGUGGCUGAAAAAUGCAUAAACAUGAAUGUCCAUUUUUAGAAAUCAGAAUAGUGGGAUCAAAGGAUGAAAACCCCAGAAGAAGGGGUGUAGAAGUGAAACCAGAAUCAUCUAAGGUGGCAAAAAAUGUGAAACAAAACAAAGCUUACAAGAUGAGGGAGAAAUCAUAACCAGGCAAUGACAGAGUCUCGUAAUACGUAAAUGUGAAAGCUACAGUAUACCGGUAGUAAGUGUGUUCCCAGAAUUCAAAAUAAUGCAAUACCACUCAAGGAUGAUAAUCAGGAGUUGAUGUGAAGGUGAAACUACUUUCGUCUCGUCUCACUAGUGAAACAAAAAUAACAACAACAAAUGCAGAAUGCCAGUAGUCCACUUACGUUCUUUUUUUUUGGAGCACUAACAUCGAUUAAUGCAGAAACACUGUUUUUUAGAUCACAUACUGGAGUUGGAGAUCGUCAGGACUGCCAUUUUUCUACAGACUGUAAACUGCUAUCUGAGCCAUGAAAAGGUUCAGCUUUUUGCAGGAAAAAGCAGUUGACUUGUAUAACUGAACAUAGAAAAGUGGGAGGGUAAGCAAACAAACUUUAUCACAUUGAAAAGGGCUGAGCUACUAUCAGCUGUCAGUACGGUAUACAUUACAAUGUACUGUAAAGAUUCCAUGUACAAUACAAGAUGAGUAUUUUGUUCAUAUGUGUAAUGAAUUGCGGACUAACUGAUUGUUGGAGUGGCAGCAGAGAUAGAGCCAUGAACACGAGCAGCAUCAGUGGUCCUUUUUUACCACUCUCUUUUCACCAUAGCAGCAGUGCUUAGUAUUAUUUUAAUGUCUUACACUGAAGACUGAAGUUGUGUAAGUGUGAAGUGUCUUAAAUGCCAGUUCCUCUCCAAAAACGAACAGUUUUCUGGGUGCCAAAGCAGCCAUACGUAGCUCUGUAUUGUAGAUAGUUGGGUCCAUAUUCCCUUUGGUGUCCAUAUUGUGGAGGUUCAACUGUACAACUGUGUAUAUUAGCUUAAACUGCCUUUCAUUAAUAUUUCUGUGAUCAGCUGCAAAUCUUAAGGAGAGGGUUUCCCAAUGUUUUACCCCAUUAAUGUUCAUAAUUUUAUUUUAAUUUAUAGCAUUCACUUUAUGGUAACAAAAAUCUUAACUAUUUGGGAAUUAUUGCUUGUUUUUGCCCUAAUAUCGGUUUAAAUAGAUCUGUUUCCAGUCAAAAUUGUGAUUGUUAAAAUGAUACAACGUAGAUAUGCUGUGUACAAUAUUGGUAAAAUCUUGGUAAUGAUGUAGAAGUCACUGGGAUUAUUCUUAUGGAAUGGUUCAGUAAAGAGACAAAAUGUAAGUAACACCUUGUACGUGUACUUGCACAUGAACCUUUGAAAGUACACAUAUGGGAAUCAAUUCUAAAUUAAAGUUAGGAAUGUGCCAUGACUAGGGGCAAUGAUAUUGAAUUGUUUUGUAAUAUUGAUAUAAGAUUCAUUCACCUGUCCCACCCAUCCUUGAAAACAAUCAGCCAGCUGCUAAUAGCUUUUAAGACACUUGGAAAUUUUAAGAGUUCAGUGCAUAUCUUUGCUUAAAGUUGGACACUUAUCAACUUAAAGGUUACUAGAUGCAGGAUUUGUGAAAACACAUGACCGAAGUAGUUGUAUCUGUUGAACAAUGUUUUUAUACCUUUUCUCGCAUGACACAAUAACUGCACGUGCCACCAUUCAAUGUAUCCAAUACUGACUACUUUCAACUUAGUAUACAGAUGUUUGCUGCUGUGCCAAUUUUGUAACAUCAAACGGGAUAUCUGCCCACCAAUGUUUAUAAUGCCUCAAUACUAUUAAGUCCCAUUGCUGCAAUCACAUAUAGACCACAUACUGCACAUAAAUGCUGUCUACAACAUUGUUGAUUAAAAUAAUUUGAGAAUACAUUCACUGUCAAAGUACUCAUAAGGUACUCAGUGCUCUAUUGUAAGUUACUUCUCACUCUUAUCUUUUUCAUGGAUGUAUCAGUUUUUUUUCCAUUGUCUUCAGUGAAGAUAUAUUGGCUACUUCAGGAAGCACUAUUAAUUGAUCUGCUUAUGAUAUAGACUCUGCAUGCCAACGUUACUUGUAUCCACUUUUUGGGGGGCUUUGUCUAUCUACAUCUUCUUACACUGUAUUCAGUGUUGUGAUGUUUUACCAGUCUUCAACUGUUAUACAUGAAAAUUAAUGUACACUUUGAAGCAUAAUUCUUCAGGCCUGAGGCAGGUAAAUGGAAGUGUGGCUGACUUACAGUACUUUGAGAGAUGUUAGUACACAAGAUGUAAUUCUUACAGAGUUUUUGCCAUUAUUUGGUAUGUCUUGAAAAUAAGAAAAUUUGGUACAUAUUUUAAAAGCUACAAUGAAAAAUUCAUGUUGUAAAUUUGAUGUUCAUAGCACCUUACCAAGUACAUGUAUGGGUAGUUUGAAACAGUUUUAUAUUCUGACUAGCCUGGCUAAAAUAUGUGCUCAGACUGAUCAAAUUACAGCAUUGUUCUCAGGUGUUCUAGAUUGCAUGUAUGCCCUUGUCUCUUAAUCCAAUAUAUCUCACUAAUGUCCUUACCACUCUAAUCUACUCACCAAUAUAACACUCUACCUAAUGGAUAGGAGUUCAAAUAGUUAACUUGAAUAUUCUAAAGCCAUUAAGCAGUUCGAUAGAACUUAUUUAAUGUGAUUAUAUUGGGAUCAUCUUUUUUUAUUCUCUUUUUUUUUGUAAUUCCAACCCAAAUGCCUUAUUUUGUGAACUCAUAUUUGCUUGCAAUUGUACAGUAAGGUUGUUGAUAAUAAAUUAAUAAUUAAAUUAUCUUUGCAACUAUUUGCAGCUAUUCUGUCCUAUUCUCACUAAUAAUGCCACUGACAAUUCUUUUCAUAGGACUUAAACUACAGCUUAAUGUUUCUUUGGCACAUGAAGUAAUUAACAGUAUCUGUUAACAUAUUAUUACUGGCACUCUAUAAAAUUCUUAAUUGAAAAUGAAUUUAUUUUUUUGAAAAACCAUCAGCAUGUUUGAAAUGCCAGUGCCAUUGCCUUUGGGCUGUUCUUGUUUUUAGGAAGUUAACAAGAACUGUUCAAAGGCUUGAACUUUUCUUAACAAUCAUAAUAAUAGGACACCCAAUAUAAAGGCCGCUUGUGCUUACUUAUAAUUAAAUCAUAGGGGGGUAACAGUAAUUAAUGGUAGUCAUUAUUUUGCUCUAGCCAAAUGGUGAGACCAACAGUUUGGUUCUGUAAGCACAGACAUGGAAACCUAAGUGUAGAUGACUUGGUGAAGAAAAUCAGGUCCAUAUAAAAGAAUUGUUUAUCAAACAAAACUGUGAUACUUAAGAUAUCCAAUGAAUUUUUUGGAGACCUAAAACAUUGUCAAAGUUUUAUGUCUAAGCAUAAGGCUAUAUAACUUUUAUUAAAUGGCAGGAAAUUGAAUAAAUAUAACUAUCUGCCAUUCCUCUCUAUCACUGUUUUUCACAACAAUUUGAAUUAUUAGUUGUUGCUGAAAGUUUAAUCUGAGCUAGCAAAAAAACAUGUGGCUUAAGGGUGUAUUUUAAGAGAAAGAAAGUUGGAUGCAAAUUUGUUCUCUGCUCUUGUCAGACUCUCCCAGACUAAUGCAGGUACCGCACACACCUCCCAUGUCCAUCAACCAAACUGGCCAUGGAGACAUGUCAAGUGAUGCGAGGCCCAGCAGUGAUGAAGAAGAAGGGCACAGUAGAAUGAGAAGUUCUUCUUAUGCUGGGUCACAUUCAAUGAAUCAGGAGCCUGUGCGAUCAACACUAUCAGCUGGUAUGCAUAGCAGACCUGUACAAUCUGGACCCAUUUGUACAACACCAGGUACAUGUCAGAAUAAUAAUGAUAAUAAUAAGGUAUAAACCUAGUUACUGAAAUUGCUCCAGCCUGUAUGUUCCUCACUUUUUUACAGAUAAGUUCCUCUGUACGAGUUUCCAACAAAUGCAAAACUAUGAUUACUUUCAGUGUUGAUUUAGCUAUACAAAGUUGAAGCAUCUGAUAGCAACGGGUGACUGGCAUUAUGUGACUCAUAGAAGUUCUUAAAAAACACUCACUUCAUCAAUGAAAAUCCUAAACCUAGUUUCUAAAAUGACUCCUGUUUGUUUCUCACUUUUUUACACAGUGGGUUACUCUGUAUGAGUUUCCAACAAAUGUAUAACUGUGAUCACUUGAGUGUUGAUUUAGGUAUACAAUGUUGGAGCAUCAGAUAGCAAUGGGUGCACAAUCACUGUAAGCUGUAAAAUAUAGGUCAGAUCAAGAUUUUCAUUGUACGUGAUGGAUAAAAUCUCCCAUGCUCUUAUUUUAUUGCUCAAAAUUAUUAUUAACAACUAUCAUACGUUAAAUCAGUUUUUCAUGUGGGAAACAAGGAGAGAUUGUCAGAAACUAAUGUCAAAUACUGUAGAGUGAACAAAAAUUAUGGUAGGCAGUGGCCUAAAAGGGUACAUUGUAUUAAUAGUAAAUUAGCUACAUUGUACAGAAAUUAAAAAUUCAGAAGUCAUGGUCUAUUGACAAGACUUGCAUCUGACUGGAAUUGGAUCAACCAAGUGCACAGAACCUUUUAUCAAUAAGUGAGCUUGAGGGGUUGAUCUGAUCCCAGUUCUCUUGAUGCCUGAUUGGCAAGCUACGUAACCAGUAAGAAGCUCUUGGCAAAGACUAUAAUUCUAAACCCUCAUUCCAAUUGCUAAGUUCUCAUCUCUAUAAAAAUGUAUGUUUAACUUGCUGUCAGAAGAUUUCAUUCUGAGGCUCACAACUGCAACCAUAAAAACUGCAAGAGAUCUCUGUUGUAGAAAAUAUUAAGCAUACAUGUUAAUCUGUCCUUCACAAGUAGUAUACUUCUUUGUUAAUCAUAAUUUAUUUUGUUUAUUUGAUAUUAAAGUUUAAGUAGUGAACUAUUGAUUUAGGGAUCCAAUUCAAGGUUUUUGUACAAAUUACAAAAAGAUCUGGAUGUUCAUUACAGUAGCAGAAAACAUUAGAACGUCUCUUCUUUGGUGUGGCAAAUUUGCUUUACCAUACUUAGUCAAACUGAUAAAACUAAAUUUUUGUUUCUGCAGUUUCACAGAACAACGGUUUCUAUUGAAACUAACUUUUCUUAAGUUUACUAAUGAUUAUUGCCAGGUACUACUUGUAGUUAUAAAGCUACAUGUAUAUGUGCCUGCUUGUACUUCAGUUUGAAGUUACAAGUAUAUUACAGUUACUGUUUCCUAAUAAAGUAGUGGUCUUUUUUAUUAUUUGUAGGUUUGUGUCAGGCUGGUGGUGAACUACGACUUUCUCAUCUGAGUAGUAAACAGGUCCAAGCCUCAGAAGGCUUUUUACUGGUUGGGGCUAAAUCUCCAAUGCUUCCUGGAAUGGUGUUAGUGGCUGAAGUAGACAGAAGAUUUCUACCAGAUGAGAAGAACAAUGUUACAAUGCUAGGGUUCAGUGGAAACUGCAUUGGCUGUGGAGCAAAAGGCUUCAGAUACUUUACUGAAUUUUCAAGUCAUAUUAAUCUAAAGCUGGCCACACAACCAAAGAAACAAAAGCAUUUGAAGUACUAUAUAGUCAGAGAACCCACUGGAAGGAUUCGUAAAGGACCACUUAUCCCCUGGAAAGGUAGGUGGUUUCAUGAAUCCCUGAACUGAUUCCUGAACAGGCGUGUAAAAUUAUUUCCCUAUGUAAGCUGCUUCAAGCUAUGUUCCAUUGUUAUUGCAAAGUAAAAAAUUAGUGUUAAUACAUGUAAUGCUCGCCUUAUUUCCUUCACCUCUCUAACACAGAGAACAAUAUUGUGAGUUUAAAUGGUCUCACAAUGUUAACUCUACCUGGAGAAACUGGACACCGUUUUGUGGAACUGAUUAUUGGUUAAUGUAGUGACUAUGGAUUUUGUUGACAGCCUUUGCAACUCUUAAGACCUUGAACACUUUUGUUUACCCUUCGUUAAGCCUGCAGCAAUUUUUUUGUAAGAUAAUAAAUAAAACAGUAAAAAAAAAAACGCGAGUAAUAACUUACAUUUUUCCAAGGUAGCUUAUAAUAGACUAGAGUAAGACUGGUUCUUACAUGCAUGGUAAUUAGCACAAAUUUAGGCUAUUUAGGUUCUUAAAUAGGUUCUUAUUUUCGGAAGUAAAAAAAUCAUUGUAGCUAAGAGUAUUUUGUGGUAUUCAGCUUAAUCUCAAAUUAUAGCCUCAACAGGUUAUUUUAUAGGGGGGCCUAACUCGCAAAUCUUAGCCUAAAAGGUUCUUAAAAACAAGAUUCUUAUUCGCGGGUAUUUACUGUAACUACAUGUACAAAUAAAUACGAAAUCAAGUGCCCAAUAGUCUGCUUCACUGAUCACUUACUUAGGCCGUACUUGAACAGAAUUCCGCAGGACCUGCAAGAACUUUUGUAAAUUUUCUCUCUUCAAUUUUUUUUUUUCAGUGGAAGGAAGAAAAAGAACAUUUCCAUUGGCAGGACCAUACAUUCCUCCUCCCUAUACAUCAGGUGAUGCUGAUGUAAAUAGCGAAAUGUCAAGGACUGCUGCUUCAUCAGGUAACAACAACGAAAUACAGUGGCUUUACUGAUGUUACAGCGGGAAUAAUUUGCGGGAUAUUGCUCCUCUGUAUACUAGUUGUACCGUUUGUCCAUUGCCGGCAAUAGAUUGUGAACAGGAUAGUCAAGACAACUAGACAAUUGCUGUUUCAAGCAAAAAGCUAUAAUAAAUAGUAGUGUAAGUAAUUCAGUAAAAUCGCCAUCGUACCGGUAUUUCUGCUGAUGUGUUCCUUAAAAAAAGAAAAUUAUGUCGGUUGUCGUUGUUUUUGCACUAAAACAAAAACCAAGGGAGACGGAGACUCAGAACGUUCUAUUUGCGUUUGAAGUUUUGAAGUAUUUUUUUAAACAUCACGUUUCCUAUCGCUGGAUUUACAUAUACUGUACUUACUUGGACUUUAUAUACACAUAAAUGAAUCAGACUUGUCUUUCUAUUAUAUUCUCCAUAGCUCCUCUUCAUCUGCUGUCAUUACAGUCGCAUAGUGCGUCCUUGCAAGGAGCAAGCAUUGCAGAAACUUCACGAGAGGAUGGUAUGGUGUUUUUACAUCCCACCAAUCAGAUGCACGCAGAACAAACCUUCCACCAUGUUCUGUCCGCAAAGAGAAGGCGCUGGGAAUCUGCUGGAAGUGAAUCACCCUUGGGAAGUGGUAUGGCAUCUUUAUAACCAACUAACGCACCUCAAGUAGCAUAAGAACAAAGAGAAAAUCGAAAAUAGGGGAUUGUAGUUUAUAGUUUUCACCGGAAUUUGUUUUCGAGGGGUUUAUUCAAAGGGGCUUAUUUUAGGAGGAAAAUUUUCAUUUUAAAAUCAGUCGGGCUUUCAAUUAAAGGAACGUUUAUAUGUCAGUAAUCAGUUGUUCUAAUACGCAAAGGACAAUAUUGCUUCCGAAUUAGCAAGAAGUAUUGUGACAUCUUAAUCCAAAUGAACAUGCCAACUUUAAACACAUCAUGUAAACGGGUUCGUAGCCGUAAGUGUCCAUAAAGUCUGCUUUUCAAAGCUGACGUGCGGGAGCGUCUCGUAUAGUUUGCACGUAUUUGAGGGCAAUUUUCAAAUAUAUAUUUUCCGUUGGCUGCGUGGCAGGCGUCGAAAAGUGUAGGGGAGAAAGGAAAGGGACCACCUUUUUUUUUUUCAUUUCUAUGGCCGCUGGCGGACGCAAAUUUCCGAUUGGCUGAGCCGUAGUAAGUAACUUGUCGAAGCGGAUAUAAAAAGAAACAAGCACGAUGCAUUUACAGGCAUGGAAGAAAACAGGUUUCUUCGGUGAAAUCUUCACCGCAGGCGCUCCCUCUCCCUCCUCCACCUUUCACUCGCAUGUUCUUACCCCCCCUCCCCCUUUUGCACCUGACCGGCACUCAGGCUAUAUUCUCACCCCGGGUUUUGGGAGAUCUUUUUGGCAAUUCGAAUUAUAGGAGUGGCUUAUUUUCUGAAUGUUUCCUUGUAAAUUACUGCUUUUCAGAUGACGGUCACUCAAGUGACACAGCAAGGUCCUCUACAGCAGGUUCUGAUACAGCAGCUGACCUGCCAUCAGAACCCUGGCUUACCACAGCCUGCAGUGUUCGGCCAGUACUACUGCUGUGUCAACACUCGAUACCAAAAAUACCCUGUAGUGUAGAGGACAUAAUCAUCAGCGACUUACUUGUGGGUUGCUUUGACCCUCCCCUUGUGUCAGACCAUAACCAUUUUGGUAGCAUUUCAAGCGUUCACAGCAGUUUAUCAGCGGGGACGCCUGAGAGUCAUGAGCAAACAGCCAGGUCGUACUACAGCAGCAGUGUACCUUGCCUUACCACCCAAAUGGCUGUGCUGCUUACAGUUCAGUAUCUCACUCAGUUUGUUGAUGAUGAUCGUAUCAGUCGGGAGGACAUUGAGCAGUUACUGCAAGAUGCCAGGCUUGAGUUAACUGCUUCUGUGCAACAACAGGUACACCUUCUUGCUCAGAGCAAUGCGGUGACGCACGUGCAGCUGCCUGUGCUGGCAAGCCUUACAGCAGCAAAUUCUAAAGGA